GGCACGUCUGACUUAUGAAAUACACAUGUUGGGUAAACGAGGGUAAUCUCAAACGGUUGGUCGCCUGCUCAGGAAUUGCGACACUUUUCAGACUUGCUGCAUGAAGUUUGGUGACAAAGACACUUAUUUCCUGUGUUUCUCCUACCAGCAGAUGGCAGAAGGGACCAGAUUUUUCUCCGCUGUGACCUUGCCCUGCAGUUAGAGGGUCAACCAACCACCCACUUUGCUCUGAACAAAAACAUGCAGACACAUGCACACAGUGGUACAUUCUCUGCUUCUGUCUCACGCGCCGUUAGGACUACAUAAAGGCAAAUAAAGACAGCUGAAAAACAAGGCAGCUACUGCACGAGGGGAGCUGAGCGGAAAUCAUCAGUUUAUUCCAGUAAAGAAGUGUGUCCAAUGGGUGGAGGAGCCACCAGGCUGUACAGCACUUUGACUCGGGCCUUCAGCAGCAGCUCUCCUCUCCCCCUCCCUCCAUCCCACCUGGACCCCCACCAGCCUGCAGACACAAACCUGGAUCCAGAUUUCUGCAAGGAGCAGAGGGGGUCCUCUGUGUGUCCCCUUGAUCCAGCGGACCUGCUUCAACAGUGUGAGGAGGCCCUCAGGGACAGACCACCUCGCUUCCACAGGAAGUUCGUUCAUCUUAAUAAUGGAGACAGCGCCCCCAGCAGCCCCAUUAGAGUGAUGCAAUGGAACAUACUGGCCCAAGCUCUGGGUGAGGGACUUGACAGUUUUGUCCAGUGUCCCCUGGAGGCCCUCAGCUGGUCCCGCAGGAAGUAUCUCAUCUUAGAGGAGAUCCUCACCUACCGACCUCAUAUCCUGUGUCUGCAGGAAGUUGACCACUACUAUGACACCUUCCAGCCGGUGCUGGCAGGCCUGGGUUACAGCAGCAACUUCUGCCCCAAGCCCUGGUCGCCCUGCUUGGAUGUGGAGGGCAACAAUGGCCCUGACGGCUGCGCGCUGUUCUUCGAUCAGUCACGAUUCGAGCUCCUGGAUAGUGUGAACAUACGACUCUCCGCCAUGAGGAUUCCAACCAAUCAGGUUGCCAUAUUAACAUUGCUACGUUGUCGGAGCACAGCGAGAUGCGUGUGCGUGGCAGUGACCCACCUGAAAGCCCGCUCUGGCUGGGAGUGGCUCCGCAGCACUCAGGGCUGCGACCUCCUGCGACACCUCCAGAUUCUGGUCCAGAAACACGCCGGCGGUCCCGCGGGUGACCCCAGCUCUGACAUUCCCCUGCUCAUCUGCGGUGAUUUCAACGCAAUCCCAACUGAGGAGGUGUACCGACACUUUAUCACAUCGCCUCUCAGUUUGGACUCGGCCUAUAAGAAACUCAGCAAAGACGGUUUGACAGAGCCAGAGUACACGACCUGGAAGAUUCGGCCUACAGGGGAAUGCUGUAGCACUCUGGACUACAUCUGGUACAGUCAGGACAUGCUGAGAGUGGACGCUGUAUUGGACAUGCCCACUGAAGAACAGAUUGGACCAAACAGGCUUCCGUCCUUUAGCUAUCCAUCUGACCAUCUCUCUCUGGUUUGUGACUUCAGCUUUAAGGAGAAAGAGUGAGGAGAAGGUGACGAAUCAGCACAAGAAAGGACAUUGAGUCGAGUUUGGCUUCUGGUUGGCUUCACUCCACGAGUAGGUGCGCGGACGAGACGCCACGUGCGAGUGAAACAGUGAGGAUGAGGACAGGAGGCCGAGAAACCAGAGCGGGAAGCAGAAAAGUCAGAUAGCUGAUGACAGUGAAGUUGCAGAGUUACAUGCUGCAACGAUGCAGUCUACCUCCUCACACUCUAACACUGUGCUUGUGUGUUUUCUACAUCACCUUACUGUCCUGUACCUUCAUCUGUGCUCUAACACAAUUUGCACAGUGAAACUAAUGAAUAGGAUUUGAACUUUUUUGUUUUUAUUAGUUUAAAAUAACCGUAAGAUCAAACUGUGUUUAAUUGAAACUGUAGUAAAUGUUGUGCUUCACACUGCCAAUGUGCUACAGAGUGACUGAGAAUAAAGAGUUUCUGCUGUUCA